AUGGAACUAAAAACGACCUUUCAGAUUCGUCGUGAUGAUGAUUAUGAUAGGAAAAUAAUCACGUGGAAAGGCAGAUCGAUCAAAAGGGACACAGUCCAGACCUGCGACCAGUACAAUGCUCCCGGUCGUUAUAUGGUCUAUUGUAGUGGUAAACUGUUACAAGCAGUAAUGGCCACUAAGCUCUACGAAGAUUCGAAAACAUUCGUUGAUCAGCCCAUGAAGGCAGGACGAACUGGAAGUCAAAUUGCAAGAGAUUUUGAGCGACUUUUUCCACAACCCGUGUCGCAGAUCUCAAAAGCUGAUGUUAAGCAAUUUGUCGACGACAAUUUCGAUAAGGAAGGAGAAGAACUUCAAAGCUGCAUACUGACUGAUUGGGUGAGGUAUCCGUCAAAAUUGAAAGUGAUCAAGGACAAUAAUCUACGACUUUUUGCCCUGAACCUGAACGAGAUCUGGAAAGAGCUUUGCCGCAGAAUCAAGCCCGAGGUGGCAGAGACACCGGAACGAUUCUCACUACUUUAUGUCCCUCAUGAAUUCGUUGUGCCUGGAGGACGUUUUCGUGAAUUCUACUACUGGGACGCUUAUUGGAUCGUGAAAGGUCUGCUCAUGUCGGGAAUGACGGAUACCACCAGAAGUAUGCUUAUGAACUUCGCUCACAUUGUCAAUACCUAUGGAUUCAUCCCUAACGGUGGUCGUGUGUACUAUCUACGACGAUCCCAGCCACCGCUAUUCAUACCAAUGGUCUAUGAAUAUUAUUUGGCUACAAAGGACACAAACUUCAUUCGAGAAAUGCUGCCAAUCAUGGAGAAAGAAUUCCAGUUUUGGCAAAAGAAUCGUACAGUAGACAUUACUGUUAACGGCGAAUCUAUCACGAUGUUUCAGUACAGGACUCCCUCCACAGUGCCAAGGCCAGAAUCCUACCGCGAGGACGCCCUGUCAGCUUCGAAUAUAAGUGAUGACAAUACUAGGCGUCAAUUCUACCAGGACAUAGCCAGUGCAGCUGAAUCCGGUUGGGAUUUCUCUACUCGUUGGUUCGCCGACAAAACGCUUUCCUCCAUCGAAACUACCAACAUUCUCCCUGUUGAUCUCAACGCUUUUCUAUGCUACAAUAUGCACAUCUUAGGAGCUUUGCAUGCCGAAGUCGGCAAUGAACAUAAAAGUUCAUCAUGGAUCUCACAAUAUAUAAAAUUCCGUUCGGAUUUCGAAAAAGCCUUCUAUGUACCGAGUGCCAAGGGCUGGUACGACUACAAUUUCCGCACACAACGACACAACACUGAUUUCUAUGCAUCGAUUGCUGUUCCUCUAUUUACUCAAUGCUAUGAACCGCUCAGUUUGUCAAAAAGUGACGAUUUAUACAACAAAAUGGAGGAGCUGGGCGCGUUCAAAUACGUAGGAGGAAUUCCAACAAGUUUGCAAAAAGACGGUGAACAACAAUGGGAUUAUCCCAAUGGAUGGAGCCCUCUGAAUCAUAUGAUUGUAGAAGGCCUCCGAAAAUCCGAUGACCCUAGGAUGCAACAAAAGGCUUUCGUAUUAGCUCGGAAAUGGAUACUUUCCAAUCUUCACGUAUACGAGAGCGAUAAUUCCAUGUGGGAGAAAUACGAUGUGGUCUCUGCAGAACCCCGACUAGGGGGCGGAGGCGAGUAUGUCGUACAGGCAGGAUUUGGUUGGACCAACGGUGCCUUACUGGACAUGCUCGUUUCUUAUGGAGACCGAUUAGAGUACAGUCCUACUCUAGAACCUGAUGGUGAGGUGCCGAGCCCACCAAAAGAAGUACCUUACGAGAUACAGUUUAGUUCGAACGUAUUUAUGACUAGCACUGUUAUUUUGAAUUUGAUAUUGUAUUUAUGUACGUUUUGGUGGUAA